UCCGGUGCCGUAUUUUACUAUUUCAUCGUGGGCUGGUGCUGGGGGGGGGGCUGAGUGCACAGCGCUGAUCGACACCUUCGUUUGCGGAUUGGUGUUGUGUCCCCGGGGUGGCUGGGGGCCGGACUGCACGCCGCUCUCUUGGCGUUUGUCUUCACCGAGCGCCAGGACGACAAGGCGUGAAUAACCUUCUCUCUCCACCCCUCCCCUCCCCCGGAACCGGCUCCGAUGGCGAGAAACACGCUUUCAUCGCGGUUCCGACGGGUCGACAUCGACGAAUAUGACGAAAACAAGUUCGUAGACGAUCAGGAGGAGGCGGCGGAGAACCAGGGGCCGGACGCCGCCGAGGUCGACGACCUUAUUCGACAAUAUCCUUUGCGGGGGCAGAGUGAAACCUGGCUGGCAGGUCGCUUAGUGGCACAGGGGGAUAAACUUGUACAAGGAGACAUGAUGACUGCCUUUCACACUGCACUAAGGAACCCACCCAUCAACACCAAGAAUGCCGCUGUGAAGGAGAAGGCACAGGCGACGGUGCUCAGGGUCCUCACGUCGUUCCGGAGCAGCGAGAUCGAGACGGCCGUCCGCUCCUUGGACAGGAACGGCGUGGACUUGUUGAUGAAGUACAUCUACAGGGGAUUUGAGAAGCCCACGGAAAACAGCAGCGUAAUGCUCCUGCAGUGGCAUGAAAAGGCUUUCGCAGUGGGUGGUUUAGGAUCCAUCGUGCGAGUUCUCACUGCACGAAAGACCGUUUAAAAGACUGUCCCUCACCAAAGAAGAGGAUGUAGGCGGAUGUAGGCAAGCAGCCGGUGGAUGGACUUUUCCCCAGACAGUUACUGACGAUCAUCGGAACACUAAAACAACGGAAAUGUCAUUUUAAGUGUUGGGCUCGCAUUGUGCCUGUUGAUAAGUUUGUGAGGGGCGUUUAUUCUUGUAUUUAAUAUACAUGAUUUUCUUAUAUAUAGUCUUGCAUAUUCCUGUUGAGUUUGGGUUUUUUUUUUUUUAAUUUGGAAGACCUUGAAUUUCAAGAAUUGAAAAAGUUAUCUAUAAAAAUGAGAUGUUCCGUAGUACAGGAGGAAAUAUAGGCCUUGGUGUGAUGAGUGGUACCCUGUUCUUACUAAGCUGGCCCCCUAUUGAGUACUGAGAUUUUACUCAUUUCCCUCAUGCUUGUACAGAAAGCAGACAUUUAAUAUAAAGUAGUGAUGGUUUGGGGUGUGUGUUCCAUGCUGGGGUCGCAGGUGUCUUUGUAAAAUGCCUGUUGCAAUAAAGCUUAUGGAGCAUAACUUUUUUAAUGUGACAGAA